UUUUUGAGAAAGCGGAAAUGGUUGUUCGGCCAUAAUCGUUCGUGUGGGUCUGUGCUUGUGUGGUUUAGGUUUCUUACCGGUGCCAAUAAUUAUUUUUAAUUAGUAGUAAGUUAUGCGUAUGAAUCCAGACAUGGACGAUGAUGAGAAGGGAAAACUGUUUGUUGGUGGCUUAUCAUGGGAAACGUCCCAGGAGAACUUGCAGCGGUACUUCUCCCGCUAUGGGGACGUCAUCGAUUGUGUCGUGAUGAAGAACAGCGAAUCGGGCCGCUCCAGGGGCUUUGGUUUCGUCACCUUCGCCGAACCGUCGCUGGUGAAUGUGGUUCUCCAGAAUGGGCCACACCAGCUCGAUGGCAGAACUAUUGACCCGAAGCCGUGCAAUCCUCGCACGCUGCAGAAGCCUAAGCGUGGAGGAGGAUAUCCAAAGGUGUUCCUCGGUGGACUACCAUCUAAUAUUACCGAGACCGACCUUAGGGUGUUCUUUGGAAGAUAUGGCAAGGUCAUGGAGGUUGUCAUCAUGUACGACCAAGAGAAGAAGAAAUCCAGGGGUUUUGGCUUCUUGUCUUUCGAAGACGAGAUCUCCGUAGAGCGUGUGACCCAGGAGCAUUUCAUUAACCUCAAUGGAAAACAGGUGGAGAUCAAACGCGCCGAGCCUCGCGAUGGAUCCGGCAAACUGGGCGCUGGAGGCGGCGGCAUGGGCGGUGGUGGUAUGAGCGCGCCCGGCGACGCGCCGCAGGCCGGCCAGUGGGGCCCGCCCGCCGCGCCCAUCAACAUGAUCCAGGGCCACAACGGCCAGAUGGGCGGCCCGCCCAUUAACAUGCCGAUGGCCGGUCCUAACAUCAUGCAAGGGUACCAAGGGUGGGGCACGUCCCCAGGGCAGACGUCGUACGCGGGGUACGGCGCGGCGGGCGCGGGCGCGGGCCCCGGCAACUACCAGGGCUGGGGCGCGCCGCCCGCGCCGCAGGCGCCGCCGCACGCGCCCGCCUGGCCCGCCACCAACAACUACACGCAGCAGCCGCCCGCGCAGGGCUACGGCAGCUACGCUAACUACAGCUCGGCGCCCGCGGGCGCGUCGGCUGGCGGCAGUUGGACCAACUGGAAUAUGCCGCAGAACUCCAACUCAACUGGCUCUGGCUCGUACGUGCCGCUGUCGGAGGGCGGCGAGAUGUACGGGCGCGGCGCCGGCGGCGGCGCAGGCGGCGGCGCCCCCGCCCUCACCGGCGGCCUGUCCUCCGCCGCGCUCUCCAAGUCCUCCUCCGCGGACUACUCCACCUACCAGCAGUACCCGCCCGCCUACCAGCAGGACCAGUUGGUCGAUCAGGGUCCACAAGAGUGGCUUCUCCAGAAAGACAAUUAGACAUAAGGGCGGGUUACGGAUGAGGGGAUGUCGCGAAAUACUGGGAUUUUUCUCACUAUGGACGGUUCGGUUUAUGCGACGAUUUUGCGCGCGAUCAUCAAAAAGCCAUCGCAUAGCACUAGAUAUAAGCUUUACCUUAGUUUCAUUCAAUAUUCAUAUUGCAUUUUGUAGCCGUGCGAGAUGAUUCAAUCGGUUUGUUUCAUCUCAACACUUGUAAAUUGGCAUUUAAAGUACAAAUUAGUAAAAUUUGGAUUUUCUCAUAUUGUUACAGGUUCAUUAAUAGUUAAUUUUAUCGUUAAAAAUAAUAUUAAGAGCUGUACUUUAAGUGUUCAGAGAUAAUUACUGUUCUGUUAAAUGUAACCAUCGCAGAAAUUAAUGAUUUACAAAAACUGUGUCAAAAUAUCAUGGGGCAUCACCGAAUGCGGCCUCGCUCGACCAGGUCUUAUCGAAUCGAUGACAUUAUGAUGUAAUAAAAUGUAAUACAUAAACUGACGUCCUGGCCUCAUUUCGAUCCUCCAUGAGCCGGACGCGCCGCAGCCGAUGCCUCGGGCCGACGUUGGUCGGAGAGUUGUCGCUGGCUAGCUACGUGCUAGCAGCUAGUAGUAGUAGUGCGGUCGCGAGCGCGAGGCGAGGCGAGGGCCGCGUAGGGCCGGAGGCGUCCGCUCGGCGCGUCCGCAGGCGGCAGCCGCUAACGUGUGCGCGAUGGCUAGGGCUCCUCGUACGGCGGCGGCGGCUCGCGCGCGUACGGCGCCGGCAGCGACUACCACGGCUCCGCGCCCGCCGCGCAACCGCCAGGUGUGCACACCCACCCGCACCACGCGCCCAAACACUUCAACGCGAACGAGUUUAACAAGGAGUGGCCCGCCGCGUAAACGCACGGCACACGCGCCCGCACGACACACGCGCCCACACGACACACGCGCCCACACGACACACGCGCCCACACGACACACACGCCCACACGCCCACACGACACACGCCUGAACCGUCUGUUACGCGCACCCGCGUAGGAGCUUAGGUGCUGCGCGCGCGCACAUUAAUCUCGAACGAAAAGCCCACAGUUGGCAUUCGAAUUGUCACCGAAAUUCUAUUCUCAGUUGCGCUAAUAAAUAUCGACGUAAUGUUUGUUGUUGCAUGGAUAUACGCAUACAAUAUAUAGAUGCUUACAGUAAAGGUUGUCCGCUAUAUACCGUUAUAGCAGUAACGCUUUUGCGACGCCAGUGCGUGUACAAACGGUUUUCAGUCUAAAUACGACACAGACUGCAGGUGUAAUGAUUGAGACACAGUCUAGCAAAUCGUGACAUAUAAUGUCAAUGGACCAUCACCUGUUUAAUUUAGGCCGCCUUAGUCGUCCGAUACUCGUAAAUUUUAAACUUUUAUAUUAAUAUAUUUAUUCCAAGGCGCACGUUAGAUAUAGUGCAAUUUUAUAUCAACGUCAAUUUAUUUAAACACAUAAGUGAACGAACUAUAUUAUGUAGUACUUUAAAAAGAGUAAUUUUAUAACAAAUCGAAAGAGCGUCAUACUUUUUGGUCACUACUAGAGUAUAAAAUUAAAGUAACGCAACAUAGGCCUCCCGCAGGCGUUAAAGUCAAAGUCAAUAAAUAAACUACAUCAACACAAACCCACACGUGUAAGUAAGGACAUUAAUUAAUUUUAAUAUAUAUAUAUAUUAAUAAAAAAAUAUAGGAUAACAUUGACAAACAGUAGAUUCUUUCUUGAGCUUGUUACUAAUUUAAUAAGGUAAAAUUUGAUCAUGUUAGGAUUGGCCAAUAUUAUUGGCUCUACUAUCUCUGAACGCUCUUGGAGAGAGCAAAUGAUAUUAAGGGAACGGGUUGAAAUUGAAGUUUUAUAAAAGGUGGGUUCAUGAUAUUACUCGGCCCGAAGUUUUCGCGACCCCUCUUCGACGCCGGUGUACCCAGAAUAUGUACACGCGUGUACGACUUAUUUUUUUUUUGUAACUGCUUUAUUUAAUAUUCAUUUGGAUGGGGGAUUAUUCUAGUGGACGUUUUUAUUAACUUCACUAUAAUUAUAAUUUGUUUUAAUUUUGUUCAAAUUUUUAUAAUGAUUUCUUUUAACGGUAGCCAUUGUUGUUCGAUGGGAUCUCACUAUAUCGCGUAGUGGAGCAUCGCUUUACGUAGUAAGGUAGCAGUAGCGUAGCAGGCCUCAGUAGCGGCGCGGGCGCGGCCCGCCGCGCGCUCGCGUGCCGCCAUUUGACAGACACUGUUAAACAAAGCCAAUUUAGGGGAAAUGACCUAAACUUAACUUAAGCUAUAAUAACUUGUAUAAAUAUUUGGUAUAUAUAUUGGUAUGUAUGUUUAAUAUUAGAAUUUUGGUUAUACUACACACACUAGACAUUAGGGAAAUGGUAGAGAUGUAAUGAAAUAAUUAUGUGUUAAUAUUUAAACAAAACAUAGUAUGACUGAACGUGAUUAUAUUUUAAUUUAUUCCCGUUUAUAAAAGGGGAACAAUCUGUAUAAAUAUUCGUAAUUAUAAUUUGUUUACUAUGAUAUGCAUUUUAGUUUUUUAUCGCAAUUUUAAGUUGAUAAUAUGGAAUUUAUAUUUUUAAUGAAUUAAAUUUACCUGCCAAAUUAUUAAACGGAGCAAACGAUAACGUAUUUGUUAAGUAAAUGAAGCUCAAGCAUUUUAGGAUAUAGAAGUUGGAAGCUGGCGGCCGCCGCGGCACCCGCGCCCGGCGCCGCCAGCACGCCGCACCCCUCGCGACGCACUCUCUGUAUAUAUAUAUACUUGCUUGUGUGUAAAGCAUAAUUUUAAUCGAUUCUCUCGUCACCUAUGUAGUUUUAAUUUAUGAUUGCCAAAUAUUUUUAAAACUGUAUAGAGCUUUCGACGGCCACCGCGGCCUGUAUGUUAGUCGUAUCAUAAUAUGGACGGAGGCGGCGGCGCGGCGCGCGCUCGCCCACCUCCCUUACAAAGUGAGUUAUAAUUUAAAAUAACAUUGUUAGAUUAAAUUUAAUGUUAGUCCUUUACUGUACUAUAUCGCUCAAUGAUUUGACCGAUUGACUGAUUAAAAUUUUAGUGAUAAGCUAAGUAAUUAAAGGGAGGUAGCGAGGCGAGCGCGCGCCGCCGCCGCCACCCGCCCGCGUCUCGAUGCAUUAUUUGUUGUAAUUAUCUUAGAGUUUACGGACGUACUGAUAGACUGGCCGCCCGCCCACGCGCGGGUGGUUGUUCCUUUAAUUUUAAAUAAAUAAAUAAAUAAAUAAUAGAACCGCCGCCGGCUGCACGGUGCGCACGAUAAGAUUUGUUAAGAGAUGUUUUAAAUAGACAAAUUGUUGAUGAUUACAUUGAAUGCAUAAUUUGAACGUUAGUAUAGGGUUAUUUAAGAUCGCUCCGUAAGUAAAGUAUAAUUUAUCUAUGAGGAAUAUUGAGGUGUAUAAGCAAAUUUUUAUAAGUGACGCGGUCCGCGGCGAGGGGUGCGGAGUACCAAAUUAAUACGAUUAUUAAAACAUAGUGGAAAACGCCUUUACAUUGUGAUUGUUCAUAUAUAACAUUCAUAUUGGUACAUUUCUUAUAGCUCUAUAUAUCUAUAUCUAUCUAUAUAUAUAUAUAUAUAUAUAUAUGACACACGCGAGUGAGACGCAACCAGUAUGUAUGUAGGACUCGAAACUCGUACCUUGUAACAAUGUAUUGAAAUAAUGUUAACUAUUCGACGUCGGUGCCUGACUGCCCAUUAGGUUACGUAUAUAGUUGUGCCUAUUAGUGCCGCUUCGUUUACACUUGGUUCCUAUGUUAGUUAGGUUAAUUUGUUUCCAUUCAUUCCUCUGUAACGCGCUGUCAUAAUGUUCAGUUCACGUCGCUCACUUCACUGUAACCAUACUAAUUCGUUGAUACUAACUCCCCCGCUCGCUGUCCUACGUACGUUAAUUUCGCACGGUCCCCUCGGCGGUGAUCAGUUCGCAUCAUCAAUUCCAUCAUUCGGUUAUAAUUGUUACUUACUGUAGGUUUAAUGUACAACCACCGAUGAUAAUACGAUGAAAUUGUUCACACCUGUUUUAAUGUUAGGAAAUGAUGCCUUAACAAAUGUUAAGUGGAUGUAUAAACAAUUUAUAUUAUGUUUAAUUUCAGUGAUAUUGAUUAGCACUAAGAUGUAAGAUACGGGCUCGCCGCCCGCACUCACAAACCUUUGGAACAAUUAAGAACUUAGUUUGUAAUGAAGCAACGUGGCAAUCUUAUAUUUAACAUAAAGAGUAUAAUUUAUUUAAAUAAAAUUAUGAAUAUGUAUUAGAAAUUUUAGAUUUACUCAAACAUUAAACUUAGUGCAAAUUAUUGUGAAAAUCAAUUGAUGAGACUAUUUAUAUGGGUUUUAAUUAUUAUUAUAUAGGAGAAAACAUAAAAUAUUGGAUGAAUUUAUUAAUUAAAAAUAGUUAGCAAAAUACAAAUACGGUAAGACUCGUUAGAGGCUGGUCUGUCAAAUGGCGACUCCACACGGUCGCGCGGCGCGCGCGCCCUGCGUCUCUACUGCACGACGACUCGUACUCGUGGCCCACUCACGGCCGCCCACGGCCGCCCACGGCCACCCACACAACCACGACCGCGUACGCGGACAUACACAUACACACUACUCGAUUUAUAAUUAUGUACACAGUGUACGCUGAAUAUUUAAUUAUGUGAAAAUAUAAGAAAUAUUUUGUACAAACCGUGAGUGACACAACACUUGCAACCUUUUGCAUUUUAAUAAUUACACUGAGUAAUAUCGACAUAAGAUAUAUUAUAUACUGUAUCUUAAUAAUAAUAAUGUUUAUGGAAUAAUAUAUUUAAAUCAUGGCUUAUAACAGUAGUACUGUUGUGUAGUUAACCCUUCAAGUCUUGUUUGUAUUACUUUAUAUUAUAGUGUACGCGGUUUUUUAUAUGUGUAUGUUUAUUCAGUAGAUAUAUAAUAAUGAAAACAUGUUUGUGUAAAAGUGUAUUUUGGUAUUAUUAUAAAGUAACUUAGCCGCACAGAGCACGGGCACGGCGGCGGGCUGCGGCCGGCGACCGGCGGCGGCGCCCGCGCACCGUGCCCACCAUUAAUACAUUUAUUAUCGUAAUUGACUAAUUAUACAAGACCCCUAGUAAUAGUUAGAUCUAGCACCGACUCUUAUUAAGUUCACCUUGGACUCGUCUUAGUAAAUUUUAAUAAAGUAUAAUAAUUAAUUUGCAUUUAGAGUGUGUCGUCCGACUGUUUUUAUUGUAGUCCACUCACAUGGCUCACAUUAAAAACAAUGCAGGUAUUAUUAAUUAUAAAACCUCAUAUUUAUACUAGAAUUUAAUAUAAAUGUAAUUAUUGAAUCCAUUUUAUGAUAAAAUUGCACAGGCUUUACAGUUAAUUAACAUUAAUUAAUUAUUAUAAAACAUAGGGCAAGUUGUUGUUAUUAUUUCUGUUUUAAUUAAAAAUUUUGAUGUUAAUUAUUUUUUAAACUAUAUUUUUUUAUAGUGGAUUAAAGUACAUAAUUCUCGAUCUAAAUAGAUAACAAAAUUGUUAGGUGAACUAUUGACUGAUGUACCAUAUUUAAAGUAUAAUGUUUACUUACGGCAGUAUAUAAGUUUACUUAGGCCGCCCACGUAGCGGGCAGCUGUGUUUAUACAGACAUGUGUAUUAAUUUCAUAAAAUGUAAUUAAUUGGAAGCGGCGUCCGCGACCGAAGCCAACAAAUUAAGCAUGUUACAAUUGUAAGACUAUUAUCUAGAUUUGUUAUAAUCUUAUAAUAUGUAAUCUACAUACUAUACUUAGCCCUAAAGUUGAGCAUAAUGACUGCGUGAAGCCUAGAGUGAGCGGGCGGAGGCCGCGCGCGGUCGCCGCCGGCCCCAGCGCGCGUCCUCCGCUUGCUCCGUAUAAGUUUACUUUAUGUUCGUUAUAUAAAAGGAAAAUUAUGAUAGACUAACAUGGACGUCCUUGUUAAUUCUUAUAUAUUUUUUUUUACAUUGAUUACCUAAUGAUAAUUAGUUAAUUACGGUCUUAAUUAUUAAUUUUAACUGAAACACUUAAGUAAGAGAACUCCUUGUAUGCGAUGAGUUGUUCUAUAUAAUAAAAAGUGCUAUCACGACAUUACACUGAUUUUUUCGACGUAGCGUUAUGCAUUAUUCAUUAUAGGUAUUUUGGGUAUAUAUUAGUGUUAGAUAUAACAGAUAACAUAUAAGUAAUGUAGUUUGUAAUGUAAUGGAAAAUAAACAGUUUUUGUCGUA